AUGCGGCCUGUGCUGCCCGGUCUGCCCCUCGGCCUCAUGGGCCCCAACGGCCCCCUCCCUCUUGGCCCCGGCGGCCCGCCGCUGCCGGCUGGCAUGGGCGGGAAGGGGCACCCAGGGCAGCACCAGCACCCCAUGCUGCCCGGCAUGCCGCUGCCCGGCGUGGCGCAGCAGCAGCAGCAGCUGGCGGCGGCGGCAAUGGCGGCGGGCGCGUUCUUCAUGCGGCCGCCGGGAGGGCCCCCGGGGCCGCACGGCCCCAGCGCGCCCCAGGCAAAUGGGCCCGGCGCCAAGGGCCCGCAGCAGCAGCAGCAGGCGCCUGAUGGCGGCGCGCCCGGGGGCCCGCAGGAUGUGCAGCAGCGGUCGGAGCGGGAGCAGCUAGCCGUAGGAGACGCUGCUGAGGCGCACCAGCAUCGGCAGCAGCAGCAGGCUCACCAACAGCAGCAGCAGCAACAGCAGCACCAUCACCAGCAGCAGCAAUACUACCAGCAGCAGCGCCAGCAGCAACACAUGCAGCAGCAACACAUGCAGCAGCAGCAGCAGCAGCAGCAGCAGCAGCAGCAGCAGCAGCAGCAGCAAGGGGAUCACGCGGCACAUCCAUCUCAGCAGCAGCAGCAGCACGGGCCGCCGGCGGACAAAGCCAGCCCUCAGGGCCGUCUCCCCGGCUUCCUGCCGCCGCCCGGCCUCUUCCACCAGGUCGGCCCAGGUAUGAUGCCCGGCCCCGGCCCGGCGGGCCCUUUGGCCAACGGGCACUUUUUCAUGUUCCAGCCAGGGGCCCAGGGCAUCCCCCUGCCGCCUCACCUGCAAGCCGGCCUCGCGCCGCCCUUUGGGCCGGGCGCGCCGCAGGGGCUGGGGCCGCAGGCGCUCGGCCAGCAGCAGCAGCAGGCGCAGCAACAACUACAGCAGCAGCAACAACAGCAGCAGCAGCAGCAGCAGCAGCAGCCGCAGCCCAGGGCGCAGCAGGGUGCAGGCGCGGCGUCCGGGCGCAGCACGCCGACGCGCGGCAGCGGCAGCAGCGCGAGCAGCAGCGACGGCGGCAACAGCGGCGGCGCCGGCGCUGGCGCUGGCAAGAGCGUGCUGCGUGUGACCGCGAAGGAGUUUGUGCCGGGCAGGGCGUUUGUGCCUGCGGCGGUGACGCAGCAGCAGCAGCAGCAGCAGCAGUCGCAGACGCCACAGCAGCAGCAGCCACACCCUCAUUUGCCACCUGGGCUCCAACCGACGCUGCAGCAGCAGCAGCAGCAGCAGCAGCAGCAGCACGCCGCCAUGAUGCACGCGCGCGCCAUGGGCUUCCCCCCCAUGCACGCCCGCAUGGGCGUGAUGCAGCCGGGCGCUCCGGGCCUGCCCGGCGUGGCGCUGCUGCCGUCUGGGGCCGGGGGCUCCCUGGACGGCCGCAUGCCCCCGCUGCCAUUCCCUGGCGGCGCGCACCUGGGUCCAGCGCAUCUGCAGGCCGGGCCGCCCCCCUCGGGCGGCGGCGCGGGCCGGGCGCGAGAGAAGGAGCGCGAGGGUGACCGCGACGGCCGCCGGGCGCGGCAGCUGCAGCAGCCGCACCAGCAGCAGCAGCAGCAGCAGCAGCAGCAGCAGCAGCAGCAGCACCCUGCGGCGGGCGCCCACCCGAACGGGCUCGCGGCGGCGGUGCAGCAACACAGCAGCGGGCCACCCAAACUGGGUAGCCGCUCAGGCCCCAUCGAUGCAGGCGCCUGA